AUAUAGUGCGGGCAAAUGAAGAAGCACAGCUGAACUACUGCUCAUAAAUAGUGCAUUCAUUGUAUGGGAUUUACUGAAAUAUCACAAUGACUGGAUCACGCCUUAUUCCGUUUCAACUCAAGUACGCUUCAAACAUGAAAAUAGUUUUUUUAUAAUUGAUCACGCAAGUGCUGGAUAUUGAUUAGGCUGUUUUCAGUGUCAUAUUGGAGAUGAAAUGAAGUUGGAAUUGGAUAAAAUAGAAAUGGUGCGCCUGUUAAACGUACAUGGCAAGGGACUUAAUCAAAGCGGAUUGAGUGUUUAAAGCAUUAUCCAGAAAGUGAAUUCAUAUGAUGUGGUCGAUUGACCGAAGAUUUGUGGCUAAAAAUGUCGUCAAAUAUGGAUUGAUUAUUCUCAUUUUAUCUUUUGCUGUAUACCUUGUUAAACGAUCGACGGAAACCAUUAUUGAUGGUAAAGAUAACCUUCUGGUAAAGAUUCCCCUGGAUGAUGGUCGGUCGUGUAACGCCACCUUCCGGCAGCCAGACGCUGAUAAUUUCCGAAAGAUUGAAUCGUACCGAUUCACCGGCGUUGAUCGUUACAUAGCAGAGCUAUUCCCAACCACAACCCCGGGUUUAUCUUCUGGUCCUGUCGCUGGUGAUGACAUCGUAAGCCCGGCACUCGUGACUGCAUUCUCGUCCAAUCACUACUUGGAAUCCAAGUUUCUUUUCAAAAAUAUCGAAUACGUUGUUCGCCCUCAGUACCCUGAUGUUAAAGUGAUUGUUUAUGGGCUAGGGCUUUCAAAUGGAGUCAAACAAAAGUUAUUGGCAUUUUGCAAGUGCGAGAUAAGGGAAUUCAACUUUGACCAUUAUCCCGACCACGUAAAAAUCAUCUUCGGGUACACGUGGAAGCCAAUAGUUCUGCAGGAAGUUGCACGGGAGCAUACGUUUUCUAUUUGGAUGGAUACGUCUGUACGAUUCACUGAUAGAGACCUCCGUCCUUUCUUUGAGAAUGCGAAACGACUGGGUGUCGUUGUUACAAAAAACACAGGACCAAUCGCCAUGCGCACCCACACAAAAACAUUCCAGUUUCUUGAAGAAAAUCCGUGCACUUUCAGGGACAGAAACGAAUUUCAGGGCGGUUUUGUGAUGUUAUACUCCAAUCCAACUACUGUGAAAUAUUUCAUGAAGCCUUGGGUUUCUUGCGCAUUGACGCUUGGGUGUAUGUUACCUGAUUAUCAUGCCCGUGAUUAUAUAGACUGUGGGAAACACGGCAACGUUUAUUUUGACUGUCACAGAUUUGAUCAGUCUGUUCUUGGGAUCUUGCUGUCCAGGACUUACGGGUUGAAAGUGGACGACCAUGGUGUGGAUACAAGAAGCUAUCAUAGUUUUUGUAAAGGGAAUGAUGACAGUUUUUAUCUCCCGUCUUUUAUUUCUGUAGAACCCUUGAUUGAAAAGUACAGGGAAGAUUGUUAUUAGGGUAUCCGUAUCUGAUGUCAAUGGAUAAAUAUAUGUCAAUUAUAUCGAAGCAAUAGCAGCCAUUUGUAAUAAUGUUAAAUGUUGAUACCUCGUGACGCCAUAUAAUGUUAGUAUCAUUUAAAAGGGUAUUGCUUGUUGUUAUACAGAAUGAAUGACCGAACAUGCAUGAUAGAUGAAUUUAUUGCGGUUUGUAAUUAUGUUCUUUAUUUUCAACUGAAAUCCCACGUUAAUUGACUACCUUUUGCAAUCUUUAGAGCUUAUAAUUGUUUAUUUAGCAUUUUUCUUCUCUUCUCAUACAACCCAUUUAAUUCAUUACAAGGUAAGAUGGGAUCACAAAGCAUUUUGUUUCCCAUUAUUUUACAAUAGUAUACCUUCAAUUGUCCUAGCGCAAACAUGUUGAAAUAACUCCUAUAUUUAUAUAUUGGUUCUGUUCUAAUCUUGUGUUCAUUGACGGUUUUAUUACAUGCUGUACAAGUAAUUAUUGCAAGUAAAUAAUGAAACACU